AUGUUAAGUGAACUGGCAGAGGCGUCUCUAAUUUUGUUGGAAAUGAGGAAGCCCGAUGGCGUCCCUGGGGACGGUGCUGAGGACGCAGAGAGCGGCAGUGAGAGCAGGAGCGGCAGUGAGGAAACCAGCGUGUGUGAGAAGUGUUGUGCCGAGUUCUUCAAGUGGGCAGACUUCCUGCAGCACAAAAAGACUUGCACCAAGAACCCACUGGUGCUGAUCGUGCAUGACGAUGAGCCAGCACCGCCCUCCGAGGACUUUCCAGAACCUUCUCCCGCCAGCUUGCCCAGCGACCGCACUGAGAGUGAGGUGGCUGAGGAGGUGGCACCCACGGAGAGCAGCGAGGUGAAGGCUGCUGUAAAGGAGGCGGAGCCCAUGGAUGUGGAGGCAUCUGCAGACAAGGGCCCUCCGGGCCCAGGUGUGCCCCCACCGCCGCCUGCACUGCCGCCACAACCGGAGCCUGCGGCCUUCAGCAUGCCUAGUACCAAUGUGACGCUGGAGACGCUGCUCAGCACUAAGGUGGCCGUGGCACAGUUCUCCCAGGGUGCACGUGCGGGCGGCACUGCAGGCGCUGGUGGCACCGUGGGCGCUGUGGCCAUCCCCAUGAUCCUAGAGCAGCUGGUGGCUCUGCAGCAGCAGCAGAUCCACCAACUCCAGCUCAUCGAGCAGAUCCGCAGCCAGGUGGCCCUGAUGAGCCGCCAGCCCGGGCCUCCACUGAAGCCUUCAGCCAGUGCCCCUGGAACAGCCUCAGUACAGCUUCAGGGCCUGGCUCCGCAUACGGCCCUCCAGCUCUCCACUGGACCUGCCUCUGCCUCUGCUGGCUCAGGCUCCACCCUGCCAGCGGCCUUCGAAGGCCCCCAGCACCUGUCACAGCCUGCAUCUGGCACAAGCACUCCCUGUAGCACCAGUGCUGGCCCCACUGAAUCUGGGGCACACCCUGCCUGCAGCACUGGCCCGGCUCCAGGAGCUGUGGCUGCAGCAUCCAGUGCCGUGGUCAACACGGUGCAGCCCCAAAAUGCAUCUACACCCCCUGCCCUGGGUCCUGGGCCGCUCCUCAGCUCAGCCUCCAAUCUGCCAAACCCUCUGCUACCUCAGACUUCAUCCAGCAGUGUCAUCUUCCCCAACCCGCUGGUUAGCAUUGCUGCCACAGCCAAUGCCCUGGACCCCCUGUCUGCUCUUAUGAAGCACCGCAAGGGCAAGCCCCCUAAUGUGUCAGUGUUCGAGCCCAAGGCCAGCGCCGAGGACCCUUUCUUUAAGCACAAGUGCAGGUUCUGUGCCAAGGUCUUCGGCAGCGACAGUGCACUGCAGAUCCACUUACGCUCCCACACAGGGGAGCGGCCCUUCAAAUGCAACAUCUGCGGGAACCGCUUCUCCACCAAGGGUAACCUGAAGGUCCACUUCCAGAGGCACAAGGAGAAGUACCCCCACAUCCAGAUGAACCCCUACCCUGUCCCAGAAUACCUCGACAACGUGCCCACCUGCUCCGGUAUUCCCUAUGGCAUGUCCCUGCCCCCAGAGAAGCCAGUGACCACCUGGCUGGACAGCAAGCCAGUGCUGCCCACGGUGCCCACAUCGGUAGGGCUGCAGCUACCCCCCACUGUCCCUAGCACCCACAAUUACACUGACUCCCCUAGCAUCACACCCAUCAGCCGAUCCCCACAGAGGCCCUCUCCAGCAUCCAGCGAAUGUACCUCUCUGUCCCCUGGCCUCAACAAUACUGAGUCUGGAAUCACAGUGAGGCCUGAGUCGCCCCAGCCACUCCUUGGCGGGCCUCCCCUUACUAAAACCGAGCCAGUCAGCCUGCCUUGCACGAGUACAAGGACGGGGGAUGCUCCUGUGGUGGGGGGGCAGGUCAGUGGGUUGCCCACUCCGGCUUCCCCCCCUGCUGCCACCACUGUCACAGACAGCGCCUGCACAAGUCUCGGUAGCCCUGGUCUUCCAGCUGUUUCUGACCAGUUCAAGGCCCAGUUUCCUUUCGGUGGGCUGCUUGACUCUAUGCAAACGUCGGAGACCUCAAAACUGCAGCAGCUGGUGGAAAACAUCGAUAAGAAGAUAACGGACCCCAACCAGUGUGUCAUCUGCCACCGUGUGCUGAGCUGCCAGAGUGCCCUGAAGAUGCACUAUAGGACACACACAGGGGAGAGGCCCUUCAAGUGCAAGAUCUGUGGCCGUGCCUUCACCACCAAAGGCAACCUGAAGACACACUUUGGAGUGCACCGUGCGAAACCCCCUCUCCGGGUGCAGCACUCUUGCCCUAUCUGCCAGAAGAAGUUCACAAAUGCGGUGGUGCUGCAGCAACAUAUCCGCAUGCACAUGGGGGGACAGAUUCCAAACACGCCACUGCCCGAGGGCCUCCAGGAGGCCAUGGACGCUGAACUGCCCUUUGACGAGAAGAACGCCGAGACCCUCAGCAGCUUUGACGACGACAUUGAUGAAAACUCCAUGGAGGAGGACUCGGAGCUGAAGGACACGGCCAGCGACUCCUCUAAACCACUUCUCUCCUAUUCGGGGUCCUGUCCACCCUCACCCCCGUCAGUCAUCUCCAGCAUUGCUGCCCUCGAGAAUCAGAUGAAAAUGAUUGACUCAGUCAUGAACUGCCAGCAGCUGGCCAGCUUGAAAUCAGUGGAAAAUGGGUCUGGGGAAAGUGACCGCUUGAGCAAUGAUUCCUCGUCGGCAGUGGGUGACCUAGAGAGCCGUAGUGCAGGCAGCCCUGCUCUAUCCGAGUCCUCAUCUUCCCAGGCUCUGUCACCUGCUCACAGUAACGGUGAGAACUUCCAUUCCAAGUCACCAGGUCUUGGCCAUCAGGAGGAUCCACAGGAGAUCCCACUGAAGACUGAAAGGCUGGACAGCCCACCCCCCGGCCCAGGAAAUGGAGGUGCCCUGGACCUGACAGCGGGCCACCCUGGGAGGCCACUCAUCAAGGAGGAGGCCCCUUUCAGCCUGCUGUUCCUGAGCAGAGAGCGUGGUCCCAGCCACAGCACGCCUAGCCUGGCCUCCGGCCCUGCACCCACCAUGAUCAAAAUGGAAGUCAACGGUCACAGCAAGGCCAUCGCACUGGGUGAGGGUCCAACCCUAUCAGCUGGAGUCCAGGUCCCUACCGGGCCCCAGACAGUGAUGAGCCCUGGCCUGGCACCCAUGCUGGCACCCCCACCACGCCGGACACCCAAGCAGCACAACUGUCAAUCAUGUGGGAAGACCUUCUCCUCAGCCAGUGCCCUGCAGAUCCAUGAGCGCACCCACACAGGCGAGAAACCCUUCGGCUGCACUAUCUGUGAGUUCACCACCAAUGGUUAUCUCAAGGUACACAUGGGCACCCACAUGUGGAACAAUGCACCUGCAAGGCGUGGUCGCCGCCUGUCAGUGGAAAACCCUAUGGCCCUGCUUGGUGGUGAUGCUCUGAAGUUCUCGGAGAUGUUCCAGAAGGACCUGGCAGCUCGGGCAAUGAACGUCGACCCCAGCUUUUGGAACCAGUAUGCUGCUGCCAUCACCAACGGGCUCGCCAUGAAAAACAAUGAGAUUUCCGUCAUCCAAAACGGAGGCAUCCCUCAGCUCCCAGUAAGUCUAGGCGGAGGUGCCAUCCCGCCUCUGGGUGCCAUGGCUGGUGGGGUGGACAAGACACGCACUGGCAGUAGUCCACCCAUUGUCAGCUUGGACAAAGCAAGUUCAGAGACAGGCGCCAGCCGGCCAUUCACAAGGUUCAUUGAGGAUAACAAGGAGAUUGGAAUAAACUAGCCAGAUAUACUAAAGACUACAUCCUCCAGCUCUGUUCCAAGCCCACUAAUCACAGUCUGAGCAUCAGGCUUUGGACCCCACAUGCCUAGUCUCUCAUUAAUAUUUUAUUCCUGACAGAAAGCACCAGCACCACGUGGCUGCUGUGAGGUAGCCUGCUGAGUGCUGCGUGGUACUUCUUCAAUAGUGGGUUUGACUGUUCUUAAGGACUCUGCAAGCCUUUGAGUCGAUUUCAGACCAAAGCUUAAGUGCUUGGAAAACUGCCUUGGGAACAGAAAGAACUCUGACCAUAUCUACUUCAUUUCUCCUAAAACCUAGUGACCCCCUCCCCUGGGGGACCAGGGUCCCCUGUGGUCACCCAGCAAGCCACAUUCAAUGGUUUUGUCCAAAUUCUGUAGACACUUGAACUCUGUUUUAGGGAUUCUUCAUCGUGAAGAAGCAGUUCAGUGCUCCAAACCCUGUGUAUUACGACGGUCUCUUCGUCUAUAGUAUUUAUGUUAAGAUUAUGCGGGUAAUAGACAGUAAAAUAACCCAACCUUAAAUGAAGACCUUGUAUCACAGAAUACAUCUGGCUAUGUGAUUUUUUUUAAUUUAAAGCAAGACUUGCUUUACUAUAAAUAAGUGGAUUAAUUAAAUGCAGGCAAAAUUGUGACGUUUUUUUGGGAAAGAUAGCAUGCUAUUUGUGUGCAAGUACCUGUCAGUAACACCCCGCCCCCUUUUUUAAUUUAAAUGUUUGUAGCUGCUAUGUGAACAGUUGUUCUCUAGUGUGGUCUGUAGCCCAGUGGUUGACUGGGAACAAGUUACAGACAAGCAUCACCAUAAAAUGAUUCACAACAUUAUAAUAUUUCACAUUAUCAAAGCUGUAUAAUAAAGAGGUAAUGUUUGUAUAACGUGGUUGCAAAUCUUAAUUUAUACAAUUGCACUUUUAGUAUUUUGUAUUAGGGAGGUUUGUCUAUAAUUUGAGAAUUUUAAAAAAAGAUGUAAAGUAUUUUAUAAAUAGUACUUCGGUUUAAAGAAAAUGGAGGAAAAAAAAACCCAUGUCACAGUUUAUUGUUUUUGUCUUAAAGUUGAACAUGAGAAAUCUAUGCUGUUUAAGCAGAAAAGCCACCCAGAUUUGUCAGCACCUCGGUAAAACAAGGCCUGCUAUUUCUUAAAUUAAUUUAACUUUUCUACAAAAUCCGUGAAAAACUGUGAGCACCCUAACAAAACUUUGACAAAUUAAAUAUAUUAAUCCUGUGACAUACAAAAAGAAAAAAAACAAAACAAAAAAAUGAGUGGAUAUUGUAUAGGUGUGAUUUACUGUAGGCUCCCCUCUUUCACACACACGAGAUGUGAUUGCCUCAGAGCACUGGUCAUGGUGGAAAUGAGACGGGAAUAGUGACUGUCUGGCAGUACAAGCAGUCAUAACUGACAGUUUCUGAGUUCAUGAUUCAUUGUCUUUUCAAGUGCAAACACAGUGCAGUGUCCUGACUAUCCAAAAGUCUGAUCAUUUGCUGAUGGCUUGUCUAAACUGCACCCAGUGAGCAAAGAAGCCAGAUGCUGGGAGGCAGGGCUGAAUCAAAACUUGAACGUCAGUGUUGUGUGUACUACCUCAUUUUUGUGCAUUGCAAGCAUGCUGGGAUGUGACACGAUGAACUUCCAACAAAAUUGCUCAAGACAUAUUGUAGGUAGCUGGGUACCUCGGCAGGGAGUUGUCUGUGCCUGAAAGCUAAACCAGACAGUGGGAAACAGACCGAUAGAGCAGUCACCUCAUAUAACUGAACCAACAGGAGAAGGCGCUGUAGGGGAAUGACUACCGCUAGCCCAUGGCUGAGCAGAGAGCUUCUGGGGCUCGUUAGCUGUUCCAAUCUUUGGAAAUGAAUGUGCAGCUCUGCCUCUAUGUUCCACAUAGUCAGGUGGAGCAUAUCCAGCCCAUGCCAUCUCUUGCUGGGGAUGGGACCUGGUGUUUCGGCUUUGGGAAGAGGAAGACAAGUGGCUGAAGUCGCAGUACUCUGGCAGUUGAAUGUCUUGUUAUUAUCUGUGUCCUGGUGUGUUUGUCCCCUCUCUUGGUUGGUAUUUGGUACCAUGUUAGUGUUCUUCUCUCAAAACAAUGUGUAUAUAACUUAAGAAAAGAGAAAUGUAAAGCGUUAUAAAUGAGAUGGCUGAUGAAGGUGCAGUGACCACUCCCAUUCUGUGUUCAGGGCUGGCUGUCCCUCUGCGUGGUGAAGAGAGACACUAUUUUUAUAACACAAAACCACGAGGGGAGAGGGCCUCCCAGAACCAGCCAGGCUGUUUCGUAGAUCCAAUAUAUUUUAUGAUUAAAUCUUGUGGCUUGACACAUCUACUGACUGAAAUGGAUGUCUUAGUCUAGGUUACUAUUUUUGUCACAUGGAACUGAAUAA